AUGGGAAAAGACAAGUACGAAAAUGAAGACCUAAUAAAGUAUGGCUGGCCUGAAGAUAUCUGGUUUCACGUGGAUAAACUCUCUUCCGCGCACGUCUACCUUCGGUUGCACAAGGGGCAGACGGUGGAUGACAUUCCCAAAGAAGUUCUGAUAGACUGUGCCCAUCUGGUGAAGGCAAACAGCAUUCAAGGUUGCAAGAUGAACAACGUCAACGUGGUGUACACACCGUGGACUAACCUGAAGAAGACCGCGGACAUGGAUGUGGGGCAGAUCGGCUUUCACCGACAGAAGGAUGUGAAAAUGCUGACGGUGGAGAAGAAGGUGAAUGAGAUCCUGAACCGGCUAGAGAAGACAAAAGUGGAGCGCUUCCCAGACCUGGCUGCUGAGAAGGAAGCCCGGGACAGAGAGGAGCGAAACGAGAAAAAAGCCCAGAUCCAAGAGAUGAAGCGGAAGGAGAAGGAGGAGAUGAAGAAGAAGAAAGAGCUGGAAGAACUUAGGAGCUACUCAUCGUUAAUGAAGGCUGAGAACAUGUCCUCUAAUCAGAACCUGGUGCUGGUUCUACCCGGCAGGCUGAGCGGCUCCGUGCCACGGACGAACUUCUGA